AUGACCGAAAACACUCUAAAGUCGCAGAAGCGCAUUCUCACAGAUGCCACGAUGACCUCCGGAAACUCACUACCAAAUAACACGCCCAAGAAACGCAAGAUCGAUACCGAUGAGCCUCCGGUGCGUCUGAAUGUGCCUCCACGGAGCAGUGCCCCUAAGAGUUUUGGCUCCAGCCAGAUGCAACAGAAGAGUCGCUUCGAAGAGGAUCUGGAGAAAUUGACUCAAGACAUACACGAAUUGAAAGAAUCAAAUGCGGAAAAGGAUCAACAAUGGGAUCGCCCGCCACUGGGUGAUUUUGACCCUGCGAAGGAUAACCUGUGUUUCCAACAGAUCGAUGUUGAAGAAGGGGAAUCAAACGGGAGAACUGCGGUGAAGCUUUUCGGCGUUACUGAGAAAGGAAAUUCCGUACUUCUCCACGUCGAGGGAUUCCGACACUAUCUUUAUAUAUCUGCCCCUGUCGGAUUUCGCCCUGAGGAUGUUCAACCUUAUGCCAAAUUUCUAGAAACGAAGUUCGCGUCACAUGAACAUAUGAUUCACUCAGUACAAUUGACACAGAAAGAGAAUCUAUAUGGCUUUCAAGGGAACCUAAAGUCAUGGUACCUUAGAAUUACAGUGACCGAGCCCAAACAUAUCAGCAGACUACGAAACGGUCUCGAGAAGAGUAUUUCAAUUUACAACUAUAAGGGGCUUUGGUCUUCUGCCGGUGACGACGGUGGUAUAAUGACAUAUGAUAAUAUUCAAUACGUGUUGAGAUUCAUGAUUGACACAGGGAUUUCUGGUAUGUCCUGGGUAGAAGCCAAAGCAGGAGACUACCAACUUGUACCGGAGGCGAAGCGACAAUCAAAUUGCCAGAUUGAGGCUUUUAUGCACUACAGCAGCCUCAUUGCACAUUCACAUGACGGAGAAUGGGCAAAAAUGGCACCGUUGCGGAUUCUGUCCUUUGAUAUUGAAUGCGCUGGGCGAAAAGGAAUCUUCCCGGAACCGAAUCAAGACCCCGUCAUUCAAAUUGCCAACGUUGUCACUCGCUAUGGAGAAUCAAAACCGUUUGUCCGGAACGUGUUUGUUUUGGAUACUUGCAGUCUGAUAGUGAAUACUCAGAUUUUUGAGUUCAAAGACGAAGCAAAGAUGCUCAUGGCUUGGCAACAAUUCCUUCAAAAAGUUGAUCCGGACGUUAUCAUUGGAUACAAUAUCGCCAACUUCGACUUUCCAUACCUUCUUGAUCGAGCAAAGCAUCUAAAGUGCCAAUCUUUUCCGUACUUUACCAGAUUAAUUAAAAACAAGUCGGAGGCGAAAGAAACGAAUUUCAGUAGCAAACAGAUGGGAAACCGCGACACAAAAUCAACAAAUACGAAUGGCAGGAUUCAACUUGAUCUUCUUCAGUUAGUUCAACGGGAUCAUCAUCUUCGAAGCUACACCUUGAACUCUGUUUGCGCCGAAUUCCUGGGCGAACAGAAAGAAGAUGUCCACCACACCAUCAUCACGGAACUAUUCAACGGCACCCCAGACUCCAGAAGGCGUCUGGCCGUCUAUUGCUUGAAAGAUGCCUAUCUUCCACAAAGAUUGAUGGAUAAACUGAUGUGUCUCAUUAAUUACGCUGAGAUGGCUCGUGUCACAGGCGUUCCUUUCAAUUAUCUAUUGUCACGUGGUCAGCAGGUUAAGUUCAUCAGCCAGAUUUUCCGCAAAGCUCGAACGGAACAGCUGGUCAUUCCGAAUUUGAGUAAACAAGAUGAAGGAGAGUAUGAGGGAGCUACGGUUAUUGAGCCUGUCCGAGGGUACUACGAUGUGCCUGUCGCCACUCUUGAUUUCGCAUCUCUAUACCCGUCUAUCAUCCAAGCCCACAACCUCUGUUAUACUACGCUUUUGAAUCAAAAGAAAGUUGAGCAUUUCAACCUCAAGAAGGACGAGGACUAUAUCGUCACCCCCAACGGCGACAUGUUUUGUACUACCAAGGUGCGAAAAGGGUUGUUGUCCCAGAUUCUGGAAGAGCUGCUCAGUGCACGUAAAAGGGCCAAGAGAGAAUUGGCUGUGGAGAAGGAUCCUUUCAAGAAGGCUGUAUUGAACGGUCGUCAGCUUGCAUUGAAAGUGAGUGCCAACAGUGUGUACGGUUUGACGGGAGCGACAGUCGGCAAGCUCCCCUGUUUGGAGAUCGCUAGUAGCACCACGAGUUAUGGUCGACAAAUGAUCGAGAAAACCAAAGCUGAAGUCGAAGCGAAGUACACCAUUGCGAAUGGUUAUUCUCAUGACGCUCAGGUUAUCUACGGAGACACUGACUCUGUGAUGGUAAAAUUUGGUGUCCGAACCCUUGAAGAAGCCAUGAAAUUAGGCGAGGAGGCAGCAGAAUAUGUCUCGUCAAAAUUUAUUAAACCCAUCAAGCUGGAAUUUGAGAAAGUCUACUUUCCGUAUCUGCUCAUCAACAAAAAGCGAUAUGCCGGACUUUACUGGACCAACACGAAGAAGUACGAUAAAAUGGAUACCAAGGGUAUUGAGACUGUUCGACGAGAUAACUGCCGACUGGUGCAAACAGUCAUUGAGACGGUUUUGAAUAAGAUUUUGAUUGAUCGAGAUGUCAACGGUGCGCAAGAAUACGUCAAGAAUACGAUUUCCGAUCUGCUGCAGAACAAAAUUGACAUGUCCAAGUUGGUGAUUACCAAAGCGUUAUCGAAAUCCGACUAUACUGCCAAACAGGCUCAUGUUGAACUUGCCGAACGUAUGCGCAAGCGAGAUGCUGGGUCUGCUCCAACGUUGGGUGAUCGUGUAGCCUAUGUCAUCGUUAAAGGUGCUGGAGGAUCGAAAAACUACGAAAAAUCUGAGGAUCCCAUAUAUGUUCUAGAAAAUAACAUUCCCAUUGAUACGAAGUAUUACCUCGACAACCAACUCGCCAAUCCGCUCGGCCGUAUCUUUGAACCUAUCUUGGGUGAGAAGAAGGCGGCACAAUUGCUUACCGGCGAACACACUCGAUCCAUUUCUGUGGCUGCACCUACCCUAGGCGGUUUAAUGAAGUUUGCAAAGAAGACACAAACUUGUAUGGGCUGCAAAAAGCCUCUAGUCGGAAAGGACGAAAUGGCUGGAGCUGUAUGCGAAAAUUGCCGACCACGACUGGGUGAGCUGUACGCAAGGACACUACAGAAGACGUCCGAUCUCGAGGUCCGUUUUGGUCGGUUAUGGACACAGUGUCAACGCUGCCAGGGUAGUUUGCAUUGCGAAGUUAUCUGCUCCGCUCGAGACUGUCCGAUUUUCUACAUGCGCAUGAAGGCUAAGAAGGAUGUUGAGGACGCAGAGAAGGAACUGAUGAGGUUUGACCACGAUCCUGGUGCAUGGUAAAUAGUCAUAAUUAUAGAUGUUCUUGGCGUUGG